CACCGAUCGCGGCGGCAGCAGCAGCAGCAGCGAGAGGCAGAGGCGGCGGGGAGGACAGCACGGCCAAGGUUGCUCAGCGGUGCCUCCUCCACACUCCCCGCCGCAGCAGCACCGGCGACAGAUUAAAAAAAAAAUGGAUUUGGCCAACCAUGGACUUAUUCUACUGCAACAGUUAAACGCUCAGCGAGAGUUUGGUUUCCUGUGUGACUGCACGGUUGCAAUCGGCGAUGUAUACUUCAAGGCACACAAAUCAGUUCUUGCUUCAUUCUCCAAUUACUUUAAGAUGUUGUUUGUCCAUCAGACCAGUGAGUGUGUCCGUUUGAAACCAACUGACAUCCAGCCAGAUAUUUUCAGCUAUCUCUUACAUUUGAUGUACACUGGAAAGAUGGCACCUCAGCUUAUUGAUCCUGUUCGAUUAGAACAGGGGAUCAAGUUUCUACACGCUUACCCCCUGAUCCAGGAAGCCAGCCUCGCCAGCCAGGGUGCCUUUUCUCAUCCCGACCAGGUGUUCCCUCUGGCUUCGUCUUUAUAUGGCAUUCAGAUUGCAGAUCAUCAGUUGAGGCAAGCCACCAAGAUUGCUUCAGCGCCUGAAAAACUUGGGCGAGAGCCAAGGCCACAGCCCUCCAGAAUGAGCCAGGAGCAGGUGCCUGAGGCCUCGCAGAUGUCUCAGCUGACUUCAAAUCUGGCCCAGGUGAAUCGGACAAAUAUGACUCCCUCGGACCCACUGCAGACCUCACUGUCUCCAGAACUUGUUUCCACACCUGUGCCUCCCGCUCCUUCCGGGGAGGAGACCAAUCUAGAAGCCUCUUCCUCUGAUGAACAGCCUGCAUCCCUCACGAUAGCCCACGUCAAGCCGAGCAUCAUGAAGAGGAACGGAAGCUUCCCAAAGUACUAUGCCUGCCACCUGUGCGGCCGGCGCUUCACCCUCCGGAGCAGCUUGCGGGAGCACCUCCAGAUUCACACGGGAGUACCUUUCACAUCCAGCCAGCAGGGAGAGAGCCGCGUCCCCCUGUCUCUCUGCAGCAGUGCAGCCGACCUCGGCAAAGACACCAUGGAAGUGCCUGAAGCCGGGAUGGUAAGUGACAGCGAGCUGCAGCACAUCUCCGACUCGCCCAUCAUCGACGGGCAGCCCCAGUCGGAAACCCCGCCGCCCUCCGACAUCGCAGACAUCGACAACCUGGAGCAGGCCGACCAGGAGAGGGAGGUGAAGCGGCGCAAGUAUGAGUGCACCAUAUGUGGACGCAAAUUCAUCCAGAAGAGCCACUGGCGGGAGCACAUGUACAUACACACCGGGAAGCCUUUCAAGUGCAGCACCUGUGACAAGAGCUUUUGCAGGGCCAACCAGGCUGCCCGCCACGUGUGCCUGAACCAGAGCAUCGACACGUACACCGUGGUGGACAAGCAGACGCUGGAACUGUGCACGUUCGAGGAAGGUAGCCAGAUGGACAACAUGUUGGUACAGACCAGCAAACCCUACAAAUGCAACUUGUGCGACAAGACCUUCUCAACACCCAACGAGGUUGUUAAGCAUUCAUGCCAAAACCAGAACUCGGACGUCUUUGCCCUAGACGAAGGGCGGUCCAUUCUCCUGGGCAGUGGGGACUCAGAAGUAACGGAACCUGACCACCCAGUAUUAGCUUCCAUCAAAAAGGAACAGGAAACUGUGCUAUUAGACUGAAUGUGACUUAUCUUUUAAAAAACUGUCAUUUUUACAAAGACUAUCUUCCUUCCCUUCCCCCAGUUUAGAACUGUAGUUCUCCACCGGCAUGACACAAACAGGCCCCUGUUCCCUUCUCCCCAGUCUCCAGCCCCACUUCUGUAAAGGUGUUGUGCAUUACAAACCUGGAAUAUAUUUACUUUAAUUCAGGGGCGAUUGGAAAGAGAAUGGUCAGUAGUACUUACAAAGUAAAAUCGAUUUUUGAGAAGUUGUAGAUUAUUUAAAAGCAUACUUGGAACUAAUGAAGGGUAUAUAGUAAAACAAAACAACUAGAAUGCAAUUUGGUAAGCUAAAAUUAUGACUUUCCCUGGGUAAUGAGUCUUCCUUCUGAAACAAACUGUCAAAAAAUGCAGCAUGCUUCUUAGAGAUACAGCUGGGCUCAGUACUAUGCAAAACCUAGAAAGUAUGGGGAAACUUUAAACCCUAGAAAACGUCCUUAGUAUUUAUCUUCCAGGUGUCUUAUUUCAGAAUGCAUCCUUUGAGAUUAUGUCCAGUUGAGAAAAAUCAUUAGUUAAGAAAUCUAUUUUAACAAAACACAAAAGAGAAAAAGUAAUAAUGUGAUGGCAAUCUUAAUUUGGGGGCAAAACGUGACAAGCUGUGAGUUUGUGUGUUCGUAAGGGAAAAUGUGUGGAUACUUGCUAUAAACAGGUGAAUUAAUGCACAUGCCUUAUCUCAUUGCUGGCUUCCUUCCAAGUUGAACAACAACAAAAUGCUGUAUUUUAGUUUCUGAAAAGUUUCUUGUCUGUUUUAAAAAUCCGAUUUGAAAGUACUAUUCUAUAGAUUGUCUUUCUGAAUAGAAAAUGGCAUGCCAUUUUCUAGCAAUUGCCUGUGGUAAUUCAUUUUAGCACCAGCUGGCUGCUUUUAAAUCAGUGUGUACAUCGCAGGGGAAAGUGUAUGGGAAUGUGCGUCCUGCAGGGGGAGCUAUGAGCAGAAGAUGUUGUAACUUUAAUGACUAAAAAGUCAAUGCUAAUAGUUUACUGGCAACAUUCAUUGAAGCAUCAAAAGUGGCAAAGAGAAAUCAGGACAAAAAAUCCAACUGCUGUUUGGGAAAAAAAAAAAAAUACUUAAUAUUUUGAUGUUUAUUCUCGAAUUUUUUUUUAACAUCUGAAAUUUUCUCUGUUGAUAAAACCUAUCCAUUCAUCUUCCCUUAGGCCAGUAACAGAAUGGCCUCACAGAUAAAAUAGGAUCUAGAAAUAAGGACCGAAGGGGAAAGGGAAGGGGGGAGAAGGGUUAAUAGCUAUACUGUAUGUACAUGUUAAAAACUGAAUAUCCCGUCAUCCUAUUUCAUGUAUAGUUGAGUUCUCAGAUUUGUA